CAUGGAGCCCAGACACAGGAAGAUCCUCCAGCAGAACAGAGCUCACCUGGUGAAGACCCUAGAUCCUUCAGGUGUCCUCGAUGGACUCUUGUCAAGAGGCAUCUUCAGUCAGGACAUGAUAGAUGAGAUAAAGAGCUCUGGGGCCAGACGUACUCAGGCCAGGCAGCUGGUGAAGGACCUGGAGACGAGAGGCCGUCAAGCUUUCCCAGCUUUUCUGGAGUGUCUUCAUGAAACCGGCCAAUCCAGCCUGGCGGAGCACCUGGAGAGUGGAAAUCCUCUACCUGUACCUGCUCCCCUCCCUGUGCAGCCCACUGUAAUCCCUCUCCCUGUCACUCCUGACAAAGAUGUUGCAAGACCCAGACCACCCAGGCAGAGGCGUGAUAGCAUCCAGAGCUAUAAGAUGGAUGCCAGUCCGUGUGGAAUGUGUCUGAUCAUCAACAAUGUAAAAUUUGACCCUGCCUCAAACCUGAAGGAGCGUAAGGGGUCUGAUAUCGACUGCGACAAGUUGGAGAGAAGAUUCCGAUCUCUCAAUUUUGAUGUUAUUGUCAAGAAGAACUUGAAAUGUAAACACAUAAGACAAGAGUUGUCUUCUCUGGCUAAGAUGGAUCAUUCCAAGUACGACUGCUGUGUGGUGAUCAUCCUGUCACAUGGAACUGAGGCGAGUCACAAUCGAUUCCCUGGAGCAGUGCAUGGUGUGGAUGGUCCAUCUGUUCCUGUUCAGAUAAUCACAAACUACCUCAAUGGCCAGAACUGUUCCUCUCUGCAGGGCAAGCCCAAGGUCUUCUUCAUACAAGCAUGUGGAGGAGAUCAGAGGGAUAUUGGUUUUGAAGUGUCUCCAGAUGAGGUGCAGCCCCUUGCAGGGGGAAUUGAUGACCAGCCAGACGCCAUUCCCACAUCGUCCAGUAGCGAUUCGCUCAGCUUAUCUGAUGAAAUUGAUGCCAGGGCCACUCUACCCACGCCCAGUGAUAUUCUAGUGUCUUACUCCACUUUUCCAGGAUAUGUGUCAUGGAGAGAUACGCUCACAGGGUCUUGGUACGUGGAGACGCUGGAUCGCGUCCUGGAGGAGAAUGCUGCCACUGAUGACCUCGUCACUAUGUUAAUGAUGGUGAACAAUGAAGUGUCUCAGAUAUCCGCUAAAGGCCUCUACAAACAGAUGCCUGGGUCCUUCAACUUCCUUCGCAAACAUCUCUACUUUCAAGCGCCGGCCACAUAAGAUGCUGAAGUUGAAACAAGACAACACAAGACACUGAUUUACAAUGAUAGAAUUUUAAAAUUAUUGGAAGACAGCAGAAUCAACAUGCAGGGAUGUGGGUUACUUUUUAGUAUGUGGCUAAUCAAUGUACAAUAAAGACAGGAUCACUGUCUGUAGAGGCACCUGCCAUUGUGGUUUGGACCAAAAAAAAGGACAGGAUUAGUUUCUCAGGGGGUCUUGAGGUAAUUUUCUCUUUUACGGGGGAGUCUCUGUGAUUUUAUUCCCGUCCAGAACAACCAUGUAUGUGUUUUGCUACUACUGUGUUUCGCUGAACUCCGUGGUCCUCCGGUCAUUUUAGUUCUGUCCGGAUGGACACAUCUGAGUUUCGUCACCUCACGUUUAAUAAAACAGCUAUUUGUCCACUGCCGCACACUGUAAUACACUUUGGGCACAUGUUUCCACGGAGAUCUACGUCAAAAACACAACAGCGAGUGGAAAUGGAGGAGCUACUGAGCGCUGCAAUGUCAUGUGACCGAAAAAGCCUAAAAAAAAAAAAAAACUCACUGAUCCUCCUGUUUUUUCAGUUACAGUCCGGAUGCAGGAGUUUUAUCACUGAAUAGACGUGUGACAUAUUUUACACAGACGUCCCCCUGAUAAACUAAUCCCGACCAGAUAGGGCUUAAGUGUAUACGAUGUACCAAAAUCAUUAACCUUGGUUCAAACUUUGGUCUAGACUUUAAGGUGUGUAUGAAUUAUCAGUGUGUCAGUGAUUUUUUUUUUGAUAGUUUUGAGAAAAACUGAAAACUUGAGAAAAUGAUAGCCAUUUAAGAUGAUGUACUUCAAUUCAAAUUAAACUGUGACUGUGGGUUUAGAAACGUGUGAAUUGUGUUGUGUUUUGAGACUCUUUUCUUGGGUGUUGAGGGGGUGGCUGAUUUUUCACACUUACCAGCUCCUCAUUAGAAGCAAUGCUGGCGCUGCCAGUCCUUGGCAUUCAUGCUUGGCGCUAAUGCCGUGGCUCAAACUGUGUAAGUGCAAGGAAAAACUCUGAAUGUAUGUCUGUGCUGCAGUGUUGCAAGAUGCAUUUCUGCUUGAUUCAGUCCUUUAUGAUAAUGCGAUUAUGUUUUUUCCUCAGAAACCUUGCAUUUCACUGAUGGGUUAGAGAGAUAAACAGUGUCUGGUUAUGUUAAUCUGUUUAUCUCUCACAGGACUUUUCUUGUUUUUUUUUUGUAAAGCUUGCACAACUUGUACAGGUUAAGGGUUAUUUUAGGAUGUAGUAAGUAAACAACAUGUUUUAAUACGGUCAGCCCAAACAGCAAGGUUUUGGCCUUAAUGUUGUUUUUUUAUUAUUUUAAUUUUUUAAAUCUAAUACAACUCAAAUGACUUUUUAUUAAGUCUGUAUAAUAUAUUUAUGUG